ACCAGCCUUCCAAUGGCUGAACCACGUCACAGACCUGCUAUUCUGAGAUUAAGUGGAAGACACUUAGACAUUAGAGAUCUUAAUGAAGUGGUUGCGUUACUUGAGAGACAUCACUGCAACAAGGCCUCAUAUCAUCGACUUGGUCUAAGUCUUUUACUUUCUCAUAACACACUGGAGAAAGUUGAACAAGAACACAGGGGGCAAGUAGAUCGUUGUUUUACAGAGUCUUUGGCUAGCUGGUUGCGUAAAGCUGACAGUGUGGAGAAUCCAACAUUAGAUACACUGAUAGCUGCUCUUAGAGGAAUAGGAGAGAAUGCUGUAGCUGAUGGUAUUACUGGUGAAAGACAAAGGGAUCCAAUGCAGCCAGGCAUGACUUAUAAUCCAGGUGUACGCGAUCUUGAGCUCAAAAUUAAUGAAGUUUCAGGGCUUCAAGAAAUAGCUUAUAAAUUACAAGGACAAUUUGAUUCUCUUGUUCUUGCAGUGAAAAAGUCACUUGAAAGCCAUUGCAAUAAUAUAGAAGAUGCAAAGGUUUUGAUAAAGGGAUGCUUAAAGAGGAAAGCUCGUGUUGUUGCUGAGUUAAUGUUUUGCAUUGAUAAACUCGGAGAGGUCAAUGAUUUUAAAAGCUUUUUUGAAUUUUUGAGCGAUUAUGAUUUUAUUGGUUAUCUCAAUUACAAGCUAUUGAAGAAACUCAUAGUUGAAUUCGCUAAAGAUGAUGAUGAAAUUAAAGACCGUUUUAUUGGAUAUGAAGAGGAAUAUGUUAAGUUAUUAAGUGCAGCUUCUUUUCAAAAUUUCAUACCGUUCUUUGAGAAAAAUUCUGAUCUAUCUCCUACUGCUCCUCUUGGCUUACCUCUUAUUUCCUUCCGCCUUGAAAAGCCUUGGUUAAUCACUAGUAUUUUAACCUGGGUCUCAACUUACGGUGCUUUCUCAUGGUUGGAAUAUGCGUAUCUUAAGCAACUAAGAGCGGGCAGUAUUAUCAUCACUUAUGCUAUACUGCCAUGUGUUCUUGAUGAUGUCAUGAGAGACCUGAAAAAUCCAGUGAUAUUGAGAAAGUUAAAGGAUAAUGACAUUACUGUAAUUGAAUUACCACAAGAAGAGGAAGAGACCCAGUUGGAAUCUACUGCUAAAAGGAAACUAAUUUCAGUAUGUGAUUUUGUGCAUGCAUAUCUGAUGCAUGCAUGA